AUGACCUGGCUCAAGAUUAAAGACGCAUUCCAAGCCCAGCCCGGACAGACGAUUACCGUCAAGGGGUGGGUCCGCACCAAGCGCGACUCCAAAGCCGAUGGCGGGCUCUCCUUCAUCGCUGUCCACGACGGCACGUGCUUCGAUCCGAUCCAAGCCGUCGCUCGUCAUGACCUCCCCAACUACGACGAGGUCAGCAAGCUCAACACCGGAUGCUCCAUCGAAGUCACAGGAGAGCUCGUCGCUUCCCAAGGCAAAGGACAGUCCGUCGAGAUCCAGGCGCAGGAAGUGAAAGUUGUCGGUUGGGUCGAGGAUCCCGACACCUAUCCGACAAGCAACAAGCGCCACUCCUUCGAGUACCUCCGCGAGGUCGCGCACCUGCGCACGCGGACCAACACCUUCGGAGCCGUCGCUCGCGUGCGCCACGCGCUGUCGCAGUCCGUCCAUCAGUACAUGGACGAGCUGGACUACUACUGGGUCCACACCCCCAUCAUCACCGGUUCGGACUGCGAGGGGGCCGGGGAGAUGUUCCGCGUGUCCACCUUGGACUUCUGCAACAUCCCCAAAACCGAAGACGGCGGCGUGGACUUCAGCAAGGACUUCUUCGGGAAAGAAUCGCACCUGACCGUGUCUGGUCAGCUCAAUGUCGAGACCUACUGCUGCUCGCUCAGCAGGGUUUAUACCUUCGGCCCGACCUUCCGCGCCGAGAACUCGAACACCUCGCGUCACCUCGCGGAGUUCUGGAUGAUCGAGCCGGAGAUCGCGUUCGCGGACCUGCACGACAACGUCGAGCUCGCGUCGGGGAUGCUCCGGCGCUGCGCCAGCGAUCUGCUGGAGAAGCGGAUGGACGAUCUGGAGUUCUUCGAUCUGCGAAUUGAAAAAGGCGUCAUAGAUCGUCUCAAGAUGAUCGUGGAGUCUCCUGUCAAGACCAUCACCUACACCGAAGCGAUCAAGAUCCUCGAGGGCUGCAACGAGAAGUUCGACUACGACGUGAAGUGGGGCAGCGACAUGCAGUCCGAGCACGAGCGUUACCUCACGGAAAAACACUUCAAACAACCCGUCGCGGUGAUCAACUAUCCCAAGGACAUCAAAGCGUUCUACAUGCGUCUCAACGAUUCGGGCACCGACGGCGCUCCGGCGGACACCGUCGCGGCGGUCGAUAUCCUCGUCCCGGGCGUCGGCGAACUCGUCGGCGGCUCGCAACGCGAGGAACGCCUCGAUGUCCUCGAUCAACGCAUCGACGAAAUGGGGCUGAUCAAAGACGACUACUGGUGGUACCGCGAUCUUCGUAAAUACGGCACCGUCCCCCACGCCGGGUACGGACUCGGUUUCGAGCGCCUGAUCCAGUUCUGCACAGGGAUGCAGAACAUCCGCGACGUGUUCGUGCAGACACUCGUAUGUGCAUGCAUUGUCUCAAUCGACCAAGCGUCGAUCCCAUCGCAGCGUGUGCAUGAGACGCUCAGUCUUAUGGAAGACGCUGUCCGUGCGGAUGAUAUCGGUGCGUUCAUGUCGCAGGUAAGCACCAAAGACCCUGUGCUCACGACGGAACUUAGGGCAUGGUUUGAGGAUAUGACGAUCAAUCCAGUCACCGAGUUCGAGAUCGAACCGAUGGAGGACCUCAUCGUCGGGAUCACGGACCAGGUCGCAAUGAUGCAGAUACGCAUGCACUGGACGCUCGAAUCCGACUCCAUCGCUCGCUCAAACGAGUUCAAUGCGCUGUUCGUCCCGAUGGGUGGUGAAGCGAGUGGCCCCUGGCUCUUCGCGGGAAGAGCGUGGGAGUUCAAGCACACAAGCGACGAAGGACUCCGCGUGAUGUCCUCCAGACAGCACCACGAACUCGCGAAGAACAUCGCUGAAGUGGUCCCGAGUAUUCAGAGCAAGAUCGAAGACGCGAUGGACUGCGAUGUGCAUCAUCCGCUGACGAUCAAGAUCUAUCCGGCGAUGCAGGAUUUGCAGUUCUCGAUCUCGAUGGGAUACCUCAAUCCAAUCGCAGGAUGGAAUGAGCCUGGAGAGUCCAUCAAAAUUCUCGGACGCGAAUCAACUUCCGUAGAAGACAUAUCGUCAUUGCUGGCGCAUGAGAUCGGUCAUGCUGUGAGCUUCGAGUUUGGUGAGCAGAUCAUCAACGCGCCGUGGUGGUCGCUCGAGGGGAUCGCGGAGCUCGUCGCGGAUGAGUACCGAUCAACCUCUCCAGAAGAACGCGAGCUUGCGAUCGCAAAGCAGAUCGCGCGAGGUGACCGACGCACAUGGGACCAACUCUCCGAUUUCAAAGGCGAAGCGCUCAAUCAUUCGAGCUAUGUCUACUCGCAAGGAUGGUCCAUGAUCCGCUACAUCACCAACCUCUACGGCCGCAACGCACGCAACAAAUGGUUCUCCGAAAUGGGUAAAGGUGUCAGCGUCGAGGAGGCAACGCAAUCCGCUUUGGGAUUGAGCUUUGAAGACCUUGAUCUCGCAUGGGAAGCAGAGAUGCUGUCGAUCGCACAGCAAGCAGUAUCAGAAUCGGAUUAA